CAUUUAGCAUAAAUUAUCCCUUCUCUCUUUAUGGCAUCUAUACGUAUGUCAGUAUUGUGUCGUGUUCUUCCACAUUUUGCGCAAUCAAUUUGCAAAAUUCCAAUUCUUUUACACUUGAAAGCAAAUUAUACUGUAGACAUGACAAAAAAGACAGCAAUUUUAUUGAUUGCUGAUGGCUCGGAAGAAAUGGAAGCUGUAAUAACGACGGAUAUUUUACGACGAGCUGGAGUUGAUGUUACUGUAGCUGGCCUUACUGAAAAUCCAUAUGUUAACUGCAGUCGUAAUGUAAAAAUACAUGUUGAUGCAAAGCUUCAAGAUGUAAUUAAUCAAAAAUAUGAUGUUGUAAUAUUACCUGGCGGUUUAGAUGGUUCAAAAGCUUUUGCAUCUUCUGCAGAAGUAGGAAAAUUAUUACAACGACAACAAGAAGAAAAUAGAUUUAUUGCUGCUAUUUGUGCAGCACCUACUGCAUUAAAGGCUCAUGGUAUUGCAAAAGGAAAACAGAUUACAUCUUAUCCUGCAAUGAAGGAUCAAUUAGUGGAUUAUUACAAAUAUUUGGAAAAUAAAGUUGUUAUUGAUGAUAAUUUAAUUACUAGCAGAGGUCCUGCAACAGCAUUUGCUUUUGGAUUAGCAAUUGCUGAAAAAUUAAUUGAUAAACAAACAGCAGAUAAUGUAGCACAAGCAAUGCUAUAUGUACAAUAAAUGAAAUGAGUUCUUAAAUAAAUCAGUCUUUAAUUAAAUAUAUUAUGUAUGAUUUA